AUGCUGAAGCAGAGCCAAGUGCUUGUCCGCCGUGUGGGCGGACUUCGCCGAGCGUCCACCGCCUAUGUUCGUCCAAACUGGCUGGAGAAAGGGUGCGGUGAUGUCCCUGUGCAUCCGCAGGCCCAGGACGCGGAAGUCAGCGAGAUGCUGCGCGGCGGACACGCCUUGCAGAUCGCCAGUGCCAAAAUGCUCGAUGCCAAGGUAGCGGACUUCCACGUAGUCAAGACUUACUCUGCUGCACAUUUCGAGAAGCUCAAGGAGCUGCGCGACAGCGAGAAGGAUGCGGUGCAGCGUAUUGAAGACUCUGUACGAGCGAAAGACCUGAGGUUUCGUCCGAGUCUAGUGAUCCCAGCGGUCGAGCUCUGCAGUUUUGUAGUCGGCUGCGGGCUAAGCCCAUUGGGGGACACGAUCAGCACGUCGUACGUAACGGGCGUCAAGAUGGCGGUGAGCGAUUACUACAACGACCAGAUUCGCGAGAUCUAUGCCAGCAAACCCGAUAUGGUCGAGCUCAAGGAGUUGUUUAAGGUUCAACGUGACGAGGAGCAGGAGUUCGUAGAUGCGCACACACCUGACAUUUUGGACCCAAACAAGGGCAGCCAAGACCCCGUAACCACGUUUGCCAAGGCUUCUCUGAAGAUGUUGGUUCAAGUAGCCAGGACUGUGUAA